AUGAGUGCCAGUGUAAUAGGAGUCGAUGUCUUGGCCAGCCUUUUGCUCCUGGUGGCCUUUCUUCAGCCGGGAGACGCCCAAUUCCUUGACCCGAACUGCGGAGUUCGAUCUCCUUCGAUACGGAUUAUCAAUGGGGACAACGCUACGAUGACCUCGAGUCCUUGGAUGGUCUUUAUCCUCACGAAUGAUGGUUAUUUCAUCUGCUGCGGAACUCUGAUUACUCACCGACUUGUACUAACGGCAGCACAUUGUUAUCAGGAGCACAAACAUUUAAAGGCUCGAAUGGGGGAGUACGAUAGAGACUCGAAUGAUACUUGUCAUUAUACAGUUAUCGGUGACCUAUACUGCACCAAGCGAGUGGAGCUCAAUGUGGACAGGGGCAUCGUGCACCCCAGUUUUGAUUCAAAAACCAUGGACAACGACAUAGCCAUCCUUCGGCUGGGCAGGCGAGUGGAGUAUACAGCCAACAUCAAACCCAUCUGUAUCGUGACGGAUAAGAGUUGGAGAAACACUAUAGACCAAAUACCAAUUCUCACCAUCACUGGCUGGGGCCUUACCAAGGCCAAUGGAAAUACGAGCAGGAUCCUACAGACCCUGGAAAUCAGACGACAGUAUCCGGAAGUUUGCACCCGAUGGGUUCCUAAAACUCCUUCGGACAACGAGUUCUGCCUGGGAAACGUGCGGAGUUCCGCUUGCAACGGAGAUUCCGGCGGUCCCGCGGGAAAACUAAUUCUAUAUGGAAAUAAAUCUCGAUUCAUCCAGGUCGGCAUUGCCAGCCUAACGAACAAACAGUGCAGAUAUGCCACCACCUACACUGAUGUGCUCAGCCACGUGGACUGGAUCCUCAGUGUGGAGAGGCAAAUCGGUCAUGAUUACACGGAGCCCACACAAGUGUGGUCUCCGACUAAUCGUGAACCAAAUCGAUAUGUCCCUAUUUUUUUCAUCAAAUGGCAGCAUUUCACUUGGCCUUUUCUUGGCUAG